CAGCUGUCUGCGGUUAACUUCAUCAUUAUCAUAUCAGCUGCAGCCGAAAGAAAACUCGCAAGAGACAACUCGGAGAGCUAUUUCGGUGGCUGUAAAAACACAGAAAAACUUUCCAAGAUAGGUUCAAGAAUGUCUGUAAGACGUGCAAGCCAUGCUGGGUCCUGGUACAGCAGCUCAGAACGAAUGUUGUCGGAAGAGCUUGAUGCCUGGUUGAGCAAUGCAGAGUCAUCAAAGCAUGCCCCAGCUAGGGCAAUCAUUGCACCCCAUGCAGGAUACUCUUAUUGCGGAGCCUGUGGAGCCCAUGCCUAUAAACAAAUAGAUCCCACCAAUAUAAAGCGUGUUUUCAUUUUAGGGCCGUCACAUCAUGUGCACCUACCAGGCUGUGCCAUCACUAGAUGUAAAAUAUACGAGACACCAUUAUACAACCUCAUUGUAGAUACGCAAGUGUGUGAAGAGUUAUGUAAAGACGGUCCCUUUGAUGUUAUGAAGACUCAAACUGAUGAGGAGGAACACAGUAUAGAAAUGCAACUGCCUUACAUCGCCAAGGCAAUGCAGAGUAAACAGGGUCAGUUCACCAUAGUGCCUAUCCUUGUGGGCUCGUUGGUGGGGGAAGGAGAGCAGAUGUACGGCCGGCUGUUCAGCAAGUACCUGGCUGACCCCGAGAACCUGUUUGUCAUUUCCUCAGAUUUCUGCCACUGGGGUCAGAGAUUCAACUACAAGUACAUAUAUGAGCCCUCGUAUCAAAUACACCAAUCCAUCGAGUCCCUGGAUAAAAUGGGCAUGCAAUACAUAGAGAAUCUGGAUCCCGUAGGCUUCCGUAACUACCUAAAGAAACACGGCAACACCAUAUGUGGCAGACAUCCUAUAGCGGUCCUAUUGAAUGCUAUCCAGACAUUAAAGACCAAGAACGGACGCACCAUGUCCCUCAAGUUUCUCAACUACUCUCAGUCCAACCAAUGCAAGUCCAUGCGAGAGAGUUCCGUCAGCUAUGCCUCAGCUUCCUUCACCAUGAGCUGAGAGCAAGCCGUCAGGAAGGUAGUCACAAGCCGCCAAUAUUUCAGGAGGGGAAUAACAAAAAUUAUGAUAAUAUUUAUCUUCGGCAUCUCAGGAUAUCUUCAUAUGUGUGUGUGUGUGGGGAGUUUGGGGUUCAGAAUGAAAACUCAUUCAGAAACAAUUUUGGGCCUCGGGUUGCAGGUUGAAGGAGAGAGAAGAUACCAUUUGUUUUAACAUUUUUUUAAAAAUAAUUGUUUGAGUCCAAGUGUCAUUGUUUGGAACAGACAUGAGAAUCAGGGUCUAGGCUAGAAACGUUAUUUUAGAUGGAAAGAUUUAUGAAAAUGGUCCUUAAAGUAUGAAGUUCUCGUUCAGGGGAAAAUAUGGUUUAAAAAAAGACAGACUGAGGAAUGAAAUAAAAACAAUUGACUUUUUCCAAACCGAACACUUCUCAAGACAGAAAAAUCUUAGUUAAAUACACAGUUUGAAGCACCUUCUGUCAUUAACAUAUGCACCGUCAUUUUGAACAAAUCACGUCUAAGCCGCAGAAUCGCCGUCACGUCGUGAGAGGCAUGAGUAUGGUUGCAAUUAUUCUGUCGAGAUGCCACUUGUUCCACGAUAAUCACAUGAUUUCUCAAUUUUGACGAUUCUGUCUGGGUGCAAGCAAAUCACGGGCCAACCUGUGGUUGGCUUUACCCCGUGUCUUGGGACUCCAUUUUUGCAGAGUGGAUCAUGCUAGAUGAUAUAUCGACAAUUUGUUCAUGAUAAAAGAUAUGCCCAGGCUUUGUGCACGUUACAAGUUGAAGAAAAUCGAAGAAGUUGGACGCAUCUUGAACUGGAUUAUGCCUGAAGUGAAUAAAAAGCCCAAACUUACAUGUAAGUGGAUCUUUUUUCUUGUAUAGCAGUGCCAAUCUUUACAUUGCAUAGCGAGCAUGUUACAAGAAACGCAGUUGUCUAUCCAUAAUUAUGUCACAAUUGACUUUCUGUAGUCAUUUCAGUAUUAUAUAAAUGGAAAAUAUAUGCUGCAAAUUAAUUUUUGUAACUUCUUGUGUCCAAGCUAAAUAGUAAUUGCCAGAAUUAAAACGCAUUAAAAUAAAAAAAUUAAAUGCAAAAUAUUUCCAUUUAUGACACAAAAUUUAUUUCACAUUUACAUGGUGUAUAAAACCAGGCAUGAGUUAAAAGCUUAAAUAACAUUUUGCUGAUGAAAAGCAGACUCAAAAUUUAAACGGGAAUACAGUGCAUCCAAAUGAAUUGUUUGAAGCACUUAUCUGUAACACAAGCUAAAUGGUGAAUGGUUUACAGUUUAAUACCAUUGUUACUUGCAUGCAAUGAUAAAUAACAUCCUCGUCAUUUGAAAAUGCAAAUAUUAAGCCUGCUAUAUGACAUUUGGGGCUAGAAAUUCACAGACAGGUUCAACAGAAAGUACCAGGAAAAAAAGCCCCGUGUGCUAUCUAGAAAUAGAUUGUUUGCACUGCGACCAUGUUUGUGGUCUGUGCUUUUGUUCAACAGGGAUACACAUGAGUAGAUAUAUUGUGCAUUCAUUGUAAUGAAUUAACUUAACAAAACACACCUCAAACAUGGCGUCUGAAUGCAAUUCAUCUAUGAGUUUGUGAUUAAGAAAACAGCUAGCUCUUCAACUUACAUUUCCUUUUUACCUUAGGAAAUAUUUGAAAAUAUGCUGUAACACCCAAGAAUCAUGUAAGAAAUGAAGAAAAUCUUUUGGUUGACCAUGAACUGUGUUGGUGUGUGAACCAUUUUAUUGAGGAUUGCAAGAUUUUCCGACAUACCCUAAAACCCCAAACUUGACUUUUACAAAUGAAACUGUAUUCUAGUGCUCUUAUAUUCUCAUACAGACUGCGUUUGACAUUCGAUACUGAUCAUAAAAGGCAGUACUUACUGAUCAUAUCUAGUAUUUAUGGCAUGAUUAUGGGACCAUUCAAAUGCAUUUACUUCGGCUUAAGCCCGUCACUUGUUUUACUUUCAAAUGUUAUUGCAUUAUGCCUUGUUUAUAUUUGUUAGUAAAACAAAGGAAAGGAAUGGGUCUUAGGAAAGGUGGGAACUGGUUCAUUACAUUGUUAUUAAUGCAGACAUGCUUGCUUUUGACCGAGGCUUUUCAGAAAAAUUGGUGGAUUUUUGCGGAUUCUUAGUGAAGAGUGAUUCCUGCGGUAUGGGCACGCACACAGUAUUUAUUAUAAAUGUAUAUCAAGAUUGUGCAAAAAAAAAGGAAAAAAUGUUGCAACCUGAUGCCACUUCUGCGAUUGUGUACAAAGUCUAUGGAGAGUCAAGAAAAUUGUCUAAGUAUUUCCUAACAAAAUUGGAAAUAUUUCUCAGUCCCAGAUUCAUGUCUUAUCAUCAUUUUUGCAAUGAAUGACCUUCAUUAAGAUGAUAUAUGAAGAAAAAAGUGGCGUCAGGUUGCAACAUUUUGUCCAAAGAAUCUACAAGCGUUUGUAGGCAGGAAAAAAUUAAAUCUUUUGAAAGACCCAAAGGCCAGUUGCAUUACAUUGUACACUUUUACAGGGGUUGGUGCUGAAUUCAACACUCUAAAAAAACAAAAACGUAAUUUCCAUUUUUUAUAGAAGUUAAGAAAUGAAAUGUGGCCAUUAAAAAAUCCUGCAGUAACAAUUUGUCUGCAAGUUGAAUUUAAUAUCGAGAAUUUGAAAUAGUUCGUACAAAAUAGGGGUUUUUGCCCCGAGUUCCGCUAGUCGUGUUAUUGAAUAUCAAAGAUGAAUUCCUAUUUUGUGAUUUUUCUUUCAAAAGAUAUUUACAGUAGUCGUUGUAUGUAGUUAGACUUGUAUUAGAAAUAGAAUCUGUGUAAAGGACGCACCGUUGACGUUUCGGCUAAAUCCGGCUACCGGAUGUUUUUAAGCAUAAUUUAACACCUCUUGACACCAAGUGAAAAACGAUAAAAGUACCACCAUGUAACCAAAAAUAUUGUUCUUUUUGGUUGUGGUAUCCGGUAUCUUCAUUUCUUCCCUGUUUUGUGGGUAUCAUCUUUACUGUCUUUAGAAAUAUUUUGGUUCACAAAACCAAAUUUUUCACUCGGAGACCGUUUAUUUAAUUGGAGGCUAGUCAUCAGAACGUUUGGACGUUAAUGCAUCCAUGAAAAUACUGAUAAGUAUUUUGCCUAUCGCUUGCUUGUCUCUUUUGUUUGUUGGUCAUUCACCUAAGAAGUUGUAAACAGAUUUCCUACUCGAUGCACAGAGCUAAUCUUCUGCAUGGUUCAUUUCCUUGGUAAUCAGAAACUAUGGAUUAUGCAAAGUAGCGAUUCGGAUAAUACUUGUACAUGGAAUGAUUAUAGUUAUAACAAAUGUAGCUAUGUAUAACAAUUCUAUUUCACCAUUUAAUAAAAACUUUUCACAACUACCGUA